GCUGUUGAGCACAACAUGAUCCUGGGGACCGUUCUCCUACAGUCCAGCAGUUACGGUAAAGAAGAGAGCAGGCUGCUCUGCUGUCUUGGCAAUGAAGCCUCUGAAUCUGGCGUAUCAGACUUCACAGAGGCCCUUCAUCGCCCUUAUGGUUGUGAUGUCGAACCGCAGGCACUGAAUGAAGCCAUCAGGUGGAGCUCCAAGGAAAAUCUGCUUGGAGCCACUGAGAGUGAUCCCAAUCUCUUUGUUGCACUUUACGAUUUUGUAGCAAGUGGUGACAACACGCUCAGCAUCACCAAAGGUGAGAAGCUAAGAGUCUUGGGUUAUAACCAGAAUGGUGAAUGGAGCGAGGUAUGUUCUAAGAAUGGGCAGGGAUGGGUGCCAAGCAACUACAUCACACCAGUGAACAGCCUGGAAAAGCAUUCUUGGUAUCAUGGACCAGUGUCACGCAGUGCAGCGGAGUAUCUCCUGAGCAGCUUAAUCAAUGGCAGUUUCCUGGUUCGUGAAAGUGAGAGCAGCCCAGGGCAACUAUCCAUCUCACUCAGGUAUGAGGGACGUGUUUACCACUACAGGAUCAAUACCACCACAGAUGGAAAGGUGUAUGUGACAGCAGAAAGUCGCUUCAAUACACUAGCAGAGCUAGUUCACCAUCAUUCAACAGUGGCAGAUGGAUUAGUGACAACCUUGCAUUACCCAGCACCCAAGUGCAAUAAGCCUACUGUUUAUGGAGUGUCUCCCAUCCAUGACAAGUGGGAGAUGGAAAGAACGGAUAUUACCAUGAAGCACAAGCUUGGAGGAGGGCAGUAUGGUGAAGUGUAUGUUGGUGUCUGGAAGAAAUACAGUCUCACGGUUGCUGUGAAAACACUAAAGGAAGAUACCAUGGAAGUGGAAGAGUUCCUGAAAGAAGCUGCUGUGAUGAAGGAAAUCAAGCAUCCAAAUCUGGUGCAGUUAUUAGGUGUAUGUACACUGGAGCCACCGUUUUACAUUGUAACAGAAUACAUGCCUUAUGGGAACCUGCUGGACUAUCUACGGGAAUGUAACCGGGAGGAGGUGAGCGCUGUUGUGCUGCUCUACAUGGCCACCCAGAUCUCCUCUGCUAUGGAAUAUUUGGAAAAGAAGAAUUUUAUCCACAGGGACCUAGCAGCUCGGAACUGCUUAGUAGGAGAAAAUCAUGUGGUGAAGGUGGCUGAUUUUGGCUUGAGUCGACUGAUGACUGGAGAUACCUACACAGCUCAUGCUGGAGCUAAGUUUCCUAUCAAAUGGACAGCUCCUGAAAGCCUGGCUUACAACACCUUCUCAAUUAAAUCAGAUGUUUGGGCCUUUGGGGUGCUGCUGUGGGAAAUUGCCACCUAUGGGAUGUCACCAUACCCAGGUAUUGACCUCUCACAGGUAUAUGAUCUGCUGGAGAAAGGAUAUAGGAUGGAACAACCAGAAGGAUGUCCCCCAAAGGUUUAUGAACUGAUGAGAGCAUGCUGGAUGUGGAAUCCCCCAGAACGACCAUCAUUUGCUGAGACCCACCAGGCCUUUGAAACUAUGUUCCAUGACUCCAGCAUAUCAGAAGAGGUGGCAGAAGAGCUUGGAAGAACAGCCUCAUCAUCAUCUAUAGUUCCUUAUUUGCCCCGGUUACCCAUGCUUCCCUCCAAGACUAGAACUUUGAAGAAACAGACAGAGAACAAGGAGAAUAUUGAAGGAACACAGGAAGCUGUGGAGCAUUCGGCUUCCAGCUCAGCACCAGGAUUUAUCAGAAGUGCACAGCCCACAAGUGGGUCUCCAGCCCUGCCUCGCAAGCAGAGGGACAAGUCACCCAGCAGCCUCUUGGAAGAUGCCAAAGAGACCACCUUUACAAGGGACAGGAAAGGUGGCUUUUUCAGCUCUUUCAUGAAGAAGAGGAAUGCUCCCACACCUCCAAAGCGCAGCAGUUCCUUCCGCGAGAUGGAAAAUCAGCCCCACAAGAAAUAUGAGCUAACGGGUAAUUUUUCAUCUGUUGCUUCCUUGCAACAUGUUGAUGGGUUCUCUUUUCCUCCCACCCAGCAAGAUUCAAACCUGGCCCCACCCAAGUGCUAUGGUGGAGGCUUUGCACAGAGGAACUUCUGCAGCGAUGAUGGUGGUACUGGCAGUGGUGGGGGCGCAAGCGCUGGUGGCGGGUGGUCAGGCAUCACAGGUUUCUUUACACCACGCUUGAUUAAAAAAACACUGGGUUUACGAGCAGGGAAACCCACUGGCAAUGAAGAAGCUUCAAAGCCUUUUCCAAGGUCAAACUCUACAUCUUCCAUGUCCUCAGGGCUUCCAGAGCAGGAUAGAAUGGCAAUGACCCUUCCCAGAAAUUCCCAGAGGUCAAAAAUACAACUGGAAAGGACAGUUUCCACAUCCUCUCAGCCAGAUGACAGCACAGGUAGGUCCAAUGACCUGCUUCCCAAAAGGUUUGAAGAAGGCCCUGCUGUGACCAGAGAGAGACCAAAAGCCAAGUUCUUGCCAAGAGGUGCCACAGCUCUUCCUUUCAGACCCUCUGUGGGGGAGUCAGCUGCCACAGAGAAGGAUGGUCCAGGAGUAGUAACAGCAGCCCCUAAAAACAAAGAAAAAAACAGUGGUACAAGGCAAGGGACAGUAGAGGAUGGAGAGAGACUAGGAUGGUCCUCUCCAGCAAAGGCUGCAGCAAUACUUCCAACCACUCAUAACCACAAAGUGCCAGUCCUAAUCUCACCCACUCUAAAACAUACUCCAGCAGACGUGCAGCUCAUUGGCACAGACUCUCAGGGUAAUAAAUUUAAGCUCUUAUCUGAGCAUCAGGUUACAUCUUCCGGCGACAGGGACCGGCCCAGACGGGUAAAACCAAAGUGUGCCCCACCUCCUCCACCAGUUACGAGGCUCCUACAGCAGCUACCCACUGGCUCAGACACUGCAGAAGAGCAGAAUAAUACCACAGGAGCUCAGCAUGGACUGGAAAUGAGCGAAGGUGGUAAAAAGGCAGCGGUGGCGCCUGUUGGUGGAAAAACUGGGAGGCCCGUUUUGCCUCCACCUCAAGUGCCUCUGUCAUUGUCUUCCACCUCCCCAGCAAAAAUGGCCAAUGGCACGGCAGGUGCCAAAGUGGCACUAAGAAAGACCAAACAAGCAGCUGAGAAAAUCUCUGCGGACAAAAUUAGCAAGGAGGCACUGCUGGAGUGUGCAGAUCUCCUCUCGACUGCCAUCACCGAGCCAACGCCAAACAGCCAGCUGGUGGAUACUGGGCACCAGCUGUUGGAUUACUGCUCAGGCUAUGUCGACUGUAUCCCGCAAAUGCGCAACAAAUUUGCUUUCCGGGAAGCCGUGAGCAAACUGGAACUCAGCUUGCAGGAACUGCAGGUGUCCUCCACAGCUGCUAGUGUGCCUGGGGCCAACCCAGUCCUUAAUAACUUACUGUCAUGUGUCCAAGAAAUCAGUGAUGUGGUUCAAAGGUAGCUACUGUCAAUUUUAGUAGAAGAAAAUAUACAUGGAGGGGAAACUUUUUCUGUACUGAUGAUUUCAGAAGGAAAGACUGAUACUUGAGUGAGUUUGUGAAGUACCUCAGAUUACUGAGUUCUCUCGUUUACAGGUUCAUCUCAAAAUAUGGGGGGGAGGGAGGAAGGCGAUGCUGGAGGGAGGGAGGGAGAAGUGGGGUAGAUUGAAGCUGAAGGGGCAGAAUGUUUUAAAAACUGCCUCACCAGAAAAAUCUGAUCUGCUUGUGUCUACAAGGGAGAGCAGUUCCUUACUCUUUCCAAUGAGAGGAAGGAGAAGAGAUGGUGGGUUCUUGUUUCGGUAAGGGUGGUUUUCCUUCCGAUAUCCAGAGUACCUGUGUGGUUGCAGGGCCACUUGAUGUACAGAUCCUCCCCUUUCUGCACUAAUGCUUGCUUUGGCCUCCUGAGAUAACAAGAGAAAGGCGCUGGGACUCUGCGGGUGCUCGUGCUGAGAGUUCUGAAGGGGGAGAUUCCGUGUGAUUGUGGAGGAGGAGGUCUAACGCACUGAUGGUAUUCAGAGCUGCUGGAAGUGGAUGCACUAGCCCAGAUGGCGUACUUCCACAGUGCUGUGGCUGCUGUAGUAAGAACUACAAAACAAGUUAAUAUAUAAAACGAA